AUGACCAACGUCGUCGUUUGCUUCGCGCUCAUCUGGCUGAGUAUACCUUUAUUGGUGAGAGCGGGAGCGGGAGCGGCCAAUCCGGUGGGGUGCGCGGAAGACAUGUCAAACCUCAUCGAGAAAAUCACCACUGCUGCUGCUGAUAUCAAGUUUUCCACCGUGGAUUGCACACCUCCAACUUUAGAUGAGUUGGAUUGUUCGAGUGACAUCAUGGACGCGAUACAGCAGAUGGCUAAUGUCGCUGCAACGAUCUCCAGCUCGACAUUCACCUGCGGAGGCAUCGACAACAGUUGUGCCGUUGAGGUCUCGCAAACCAUAGCCGACUUCUCCGACUUUGCAAUCUACCUGGUUGCUGCGGCGGCGGAUUGCGUGAAUGCCCCCUUCAAUUGCGUGGUUGACGUCGUCGAGGCCAUAAACUCGGCCAUGUCUAUAGCCAUGGACAUCUAUGCGGCCACCCAGGACUGCAACCCGGAGCCCCUCGAGGAGUACAGGCAGCCCGACCCCAACGACGAGGCGUCUUACAACGCCGCUGUGGAGUCCCUCGGCCUGGGCCCCAACGACCUGGACAUCCCGAUUGAGCGCAGGCUCGCAGGGGAAGGCCAUGCGCAGGCACUCCUGCAGACGGCCCCAAGCCGGCCCGAAGACCGCAGGCGCCAUGCCGAGAGCGCCCGGCAGAAGAUCGCCGGGUGGCGCGAGGCCUUCGCGCCGCGCGGCACGGGGACGAGGUGA